AUGGGGUACAAUUUGUCCUAUGGAAAACUGCCAGACAAUCACCUCAGCCCAGACAACAGCAGCUCGCCCAACGCCAGCUCCCUCGGGCGCUCUGCGCGUGACGAGUUCACCACCAUCGUCCUGCCCGUGCUCUACCUCGUCAUCUUCCUGGCCAGCCUCCUGCUGAACGGCCUAGCCGUGUGGAUCUUCUUCCACAUCAGAAACAAAACCAGCUUCAUAUUUUACCUCAAGAACAUUGUGGUUGCAGACCUGCUCAUGACGCUGACGUUCCCGUUCAAGAUCAUCCAGGACUCGCGGCUGGGGCCGUGGCACUUCAACUCCUUCCUGUGCCGCUACAGCACGGUGCUGUUCUACGCCAACAUGUACACCACCAUCGUCUUCCUGGGGCUCAUCAGCAUCGACCGCUACCUGAAGGUGGUGAAGCCCUUUGGAGACUCCAGAAUGUACAGCAUCACCUUCACCAAGAUCCUGUCAGCCUGCGUGUGGGUGGUGAUGGCGUUCCUGGCGCUGCCAAACCUGAUCCUCACCAACGGCUACCCCACCAGGAGGAACGUCGACGACUGCCUGAAGCUGAAGUCUCCCCUGGGAGUCAAGUGGCACUCGGCUGUCAUCUACAUCAACACCUGCAUGUUCGUGGUGGUGCUGGUGGUGCUCAUAGGGUGUUACAUUGCCAUCUCCAGGUACAUCUAUAAAUCGAGCAAACAGUUCAUUAGCUCGUCCAGCCGAAAGCGGAAGCACAACCAGAGUAUAAGGGUUGUCGUGGCCGUGUUUUUCACCUGCUUUCUGCCCUACCAUUUGUGUCGAAUACCCUUUACUUUUAGUCACCUGGACAAAAUUUUGGAUGACUCUGCACAUAAAAUCUUAUAUUAUUGUAAGGAAAUGACGCUGUUCCUGUCCGCAUGCAACGUCUGUCUGGAUCCAAUCAUUUAUUUUUUCAUGUGUCGAUCAUUCUCACGAAGGCUGUUCAGGAAAUCCAACAUGAGAACCAGGAGCGAGAGCAUCAGGUCCCUCCAGAGCGUCAGGAGGUCGGAGGUGCGCAUCUACCACGAGUACACUGACGUCUGA